CAGCAGCUGUCAAACUAUAUUUCCUCAACCCCAAACAAACCAGCACAGUCAACAUACGCGCUGCCGUGUAGGAGCAAUAUCAACACCACACCUAGCAGCAUGGCGUCACCGUCCCAAAGCAGCCCGGCUACGGCAGCCACAGCGAACGCGAUCGGCGGAAGCUCCAGUGCCAAGAUUUCCUCCGGGGGCAGCUCUGCGGCCGGCACGACUGCCGCGUCGGGCAGCGGUGGGACGGACAGCGCAACGCAGCUGCUAACGAAGCCGCGGCUGCAGGAGCUGGUGCGCGAAAUCGAUCCGACCGAGCAGCUGGACGAGGAGGUGGAAGAGCUGUUGCUACAGAUAGCGGACGAUUUCGUCGAAAACACCGUGAACGCAGCGUGCCUGCUGGCCAAACAUCGCAAGGUGCCGAAGGUGGAAGUGCGAGACGUGCAAUUGCAUCUGGAACGUAACUGGAACAUGUGGAUACCGGGCUUCGGUACGGACGAGCUGAGACCCUACAAGCGAGCGACCGUGACCGAGGCACACAAACAGCGGUUGGCGCUCAUAAGGAAAGCUAUCAAGAAGUAUUAGCACGUCCGUUUGCCCCUAGCCGAUACUUUAGAGUAAUAGUAAUAAUCAUACCUACCGCAAUUCAUCCUUCUGUACUGACUGGCACACGCUCAUGUCCGCGCGCGCACGCCAUCUUUCACGAUGUAACAAAUCCCACAAAAAUAAACUAAACUGCUACUAAACUUA